CGCACCGCGUCUCCACACUUACGUUGUAUAUAAGAGUGGCGACAGGCAAUGAACGACAGACUCGCAUUCAAGUCUUCAACAUAGAACAACAUGGGCAAGACUGUGUUCUUCGUGCUGUCUGUGCUGGUGCUGGUGGCCGCCGCCCUGGCAGACCCCAACCCAGAGCCUGAGCCUGAGCCUGGAUACAUCAGCCGUGGCUAUGGCGGAUAUGGCGGAUUUGGUGGAUUCAGAGGAGGCUUCGGUGGCUACAGAGGCGGAUAUGGCGGCUAUGGUGGUGGCUAUGGCGGCUACAGGGGCGGCUAUGGUGGCUACAGCGGCGGUUAUGGUGGAUACAACUAUUACGGUUAACUUCAGCGUCUCCGCGGAAACAAGAGACAACGUCCUCGGUUAUGUUAAUGACCACAAACCAAUGAUCAUACUUCAAACCUGUUUUGCAACAAUAAACUCAUCCAAAUUUCA